CCGUGCAACUCCAGUACUUCACCCUUGGCAGCAAGCCUGACAUUUCCUCUCCCCUUCGUCGACCUCCAGUCUCUCCUCUUCUUUAUCCCCCUCUCUCUCCACCUGAACACCCACCGCCACGCCCGUUCUACAGACGCGAAUUAGCAUCCUGAGCAGACAACUCGCGGGCACGAAGACGCUUAUCGAAAUCAAAGAAAGAUCCAAGCUUGAUUGAUUGCGCCAUGAGGAGGUCGGACUGGGAGGACCGGUGCAAGCGGCACCCGGAGCACCGGCUAUCCAAGGGCGUGUGCCCGAGCUGCCUCCGCGAUCGCCUCGCCCACCUCUCCGCCUCUUCCUCGGCCACCACCACGCUCACGCGGGCCUCCAGUUCGGCCACCAGCACCUCCCCUUACUCCUCCAACGGCUCCCCUCCGCUCCACCAUGCCGCGCUCUCCGCCGACGCCAGCUCCGUGCACGUCGUCGGCGGGGGCUCCUUCGUCAACGUCUCCGCCUUCUCGCAGCCGCUGAUGCCGACCUCCAGGAAACCUGCGGCUGCGAGGCAAGAAGAGGCGAGCAGGGAGACCGGGAAGGGGGAGAAGAAGAAAAAGAAGAGCAGCAGCAGCAAGAAGAAGAUCGGGAGGUUCCUGUCGAGGCUCGUCGGGACGGAGAAGCGGCGGCGAACAGGGGAUGGUGGCGAUGGCGGCGAGCUCUUCCAUUCCAGCACCAUGAAGGAGAAGACGUCGACAAGGUGGGUAUUCUUUUGAUCGGACCGGCGGAAGGAUGGGGCGCCGCGCGUGCAAACCGUGCUUGGGAUUUCUCGGGUAUUGAUUUCCUCUGCUUUUUUCCGAGUAUUUUUUGUGCUUGAUUUGAUGUUUUUGCCCCCAAGUUCUUUGGGAACCUUGUAUACGAGAUCAAGUAAUUGACCAUCAGGAUUCAGGAGGGAGGAGCAUGUGAGGAAGUUACAUAUGCCUAUACAAUUUUUUACUUUUUAGAACAGAGUAUAUACGGAUGUAAAUUAACGUCUUUGUAUCAUAGUUUGUACCAUAUGAAUGUUUCAUGGGAUUCAGGAUUGAUCGGGGAGGACAUACGUCCUUGGUCUA